AUGGCCGCAGGAUUCGUUGGUUCAACGAAGAAUUUUCCAUUCUCGUUCGAUGUUGAUGUGGAAGAUGAAGAGCCGGGCAGGACAACGCCACUAUUGAAUAAGCGAGUCGGCAGUGAAAGUCCGACGAGCGCCGUGGGGGCGGAGGCGCCGCGGGAGCUACCUAAUGAACUCUCCGCGCCUUAUGAAGUCCCGCAGUUUCCAAUCGAACAAAUCGAGAAGAAACUACUCAUACAGAGGCAGCUGAAUGUUAAGGCGGCGGAAUGCGCCCAGUCGGUGCGUUCAUUCGCGGGCAGCGAAGCAGGCGCGGCAGCCGUGUUUGAAGAGGCGGCUCGGCUCAGGGUCCCCGAUGAUGACGAUGACGAGAUCAUAUUGCCGCACUUCCAGCGUGUCGCUAUCAGCGGCGAGGAUACUUCUGGGGUACCACUGGAAGAUCUUCAACAAGCGUCCUCGUACCUGGUGCAGGCUCUGGAAAUGCGCAAGCGUUACAUGGAGAUGUCCCAGCAGAGCUUCUCGCCCAUUACGGCGCGCUUCAUCAGGAGCAUGGACGCGGACGCUGUAGCCAACCACGUACCCGUUAAAGUACCCAACAAACAUAUUGCGGACCAUAUAGUCCACCCUCCAUUCAGAGACAAGGAUCCGUGGGAAUGUCCUAUGCCGGAGCCCAAGGGCUACAGCAUACGACUAAACAGGGGCGUGUUCAACAUGUACCGCCAAGGACCGAACGGAGAGGAGCGACUGCCCUACGAAUACAUCACACUGGCGCAAUACAUCCAGGACAUGAAUACAAUGUGCAACAUGAUCGCCGAUGGUCCUCUAAAGUCCUUUUGCUACCGUCGCCUCAGCUACCUAUCGUCCAAGUUCCAGCUCCACGUUCUGCUGAACGAGCUCAGGGAACUAGCUUCCCAGAAGGCAGUUCCUCAUAGAGACUUCUACAAUAUCAGGAAGGUGGAUACGCACAUCCACGCGGCGUCUUGCAUGAACCAGAAACACUUACUGCGGUUCAUUAAGAAGACAUUGAAGACGCAUGCGGACGAGGUGGUGACCCUCCACAAAGGCACACCUAUGACCCUGAGGUCUGUGUUCCAAUCCAUGAACCUGAGCACCUACGACCUCACCGUGGAUAUGCUGGACGUGCACGCGGACCGGAACACGUUCCAUCGCUUCGACAAGUUCAACGCGAAGUACAACCCAAUCGGGGAGAGCAGACUCCGUGAGGUGUUCCUCAAGACCGACAACUACAUGAACGGGAAGUACUUCGCCAGGAUCAUUAAGGAGGUGGCAUCGGACCUGGAGGAGAGCAAGUACCAGAACGCGGAGCUGCGGCUGUCGGUGUACGGCAAGAGCCCCGGCGAGUGGGCCAAGCUCGCCAAGUGGGCCAUCCAGUACGACGUGCACUCCAACAACGUGCGCUGGCUCAUACAGAUACCCCGCCUCUACGACAUCUUCAAGUCCAACAAAAUAAUGAACGACUUCCACGAGUUUUUGAACAACAUCUUCCAGCCUCUUUUCGAAGUCACAAACGACCCCAACAGCAACAUCGAACUGCACAAGUUCCUCACACACGUGAUCGGGUUCGACAGCGUGGACGACGAGUCCAAGCCCGAGAACCCGAUGCUGGACACCGAAGUCAAAAGCCCCGAAGAGUGGGACGACGAGGAGAAUCCUCCGUACGCGUACUACCUCUACUACAUGUACGCCAACAUGACUGUACUGAACCAUUUCCGCAAGGAGCAAGGUCUGAACACGUUCGUCCUGCGUCCUCACUGCGGAGAGGCGGGUCCUGUACAGCAUCUCGUCUGCGGCCUCCUGCUCGCCGAGAACAUCUCCCACGGCCUCCUACUCAGGAAGGUACCAGUCCUGCAGUACCUGUACUACCUCGCCCAGAUCUACAUCGCGAUGUCUCCGCUCAGCAACAACUCGCUGUUCCUCAACUACCACAGGAACCCGCUGCCGGAGUUCUUAGCUCGAGGGCUCUGCAUCACUCUCAGUACUGACGACCCCCUGCAGUUUCACUUCACCAAGGAGCCGCUGAUGGAAGAGUACAGUAUCGCAGCGCAAGUGUGGAAGCUCAGUUCAUGCGACAUGUGCGAACUGGCAAGGAAUUCGGUGCUCAUGUCCGGAUUCCCGCACGAGAUGAAGCAGUACUGGUUAGGGCCCAACUAUACCAAGGAAGGUGUGGCCGGUAAUGACAUAACUCGAACCAACGUACCCGAUAUCCGCAUUUCGUUCCGUCACGAGACCAUCCUCGAUGAGCUGACCAACAUAUUCAAGGAUGGUAUGUCUACUCAGAGAUAAACUACACCCACGUUCAAGACAGUGGUUGCUACUAAAUAUAUAAUAUACUUUAUUAACAAAUAAAUGGAUUGUAAUUUAAAAUUUAGCCCCAAUACCGUGUAUUUAGGUUAAGAUCCAUUGUGAUAAAUGAAAAACGAAAGAUUGAAAGUGCCAUUUCGUUGUUAAUGCUGAGUCUCUUUGAUAUAAUGAACUUGUAGAUUCACAUACCCAUAACGUUUAUUGAACGGUUCAGUGAAAGCUUUUAUACUUUUACAUAUUGAUGAUUGAAUCUAAUUAUUAACAGUUUCAACGCAUUUCCUUGUUGUUGUGGAGACGAGCGCUUUACAAGUAACAACCUGAUGAACUUACCAUUUCAAUCAUGAACUAAUUUAUACAAACGUGAAUCAUGCGAUAAAAUUAUAAUGUAAUAUAUUUAAUAAAAAAGGGAAUAUCAAAAAUGUAAUCAUGAUUUAUCUAAAUACAUAUAUUUAUUUGAAAUCCUUAAGUUAUUUGAUGGCAUAAAAUUGGCACUAUCAACCUACAUUUUUGUACGUCUAUUGGCUUUAUAAUAAUAUUAGAUUCCUAAAUAUUAUCAAGAUUAACUUCUAUAUACACGAAUUAAGGUAAAUUGAUUUUAUAUUGCUUUAGCUGUGAUGAGAAUUUUUUUUUUAAUGGAAUAAAUACAUACGUAUGUAUUUGUGUCGUGUAUGAAUGAAAAACAAUACUAGGCUCGCUACAUGGAUGUUAUUCUUGUACUCGCACAGAAGAUAUUUCAUUAUGAAACUUUCAGUUUAAGAUAAGGCACCCAUGACAGUUCUCAGUUUUCGUGAAAUUGAUACGUACGUGACGUGUAGUGUGUUCACGAAUGAUCCCGAUUGAGAAUUUGUCAGUAAUCAAUUUGCCUUUAAAUGGCAGGAACGAUUUGCCCGUGUAACCUAACUAAUAGAUAAAUAAUUACAAUAAGUAAUCCUCAUAUUAUCCAUACGUAAAGAAGUCUAACAUCUAUCGCGUUGCUUAGUGUAUUUGAUUGAUUAAUGAAUUAACGCUGUUUUUAAUGUUACCAAUCCUCACAUUUUGCUAUUAGAAUCAGACCUAUUGAAAUUUUUAGGCGGUACAAACCAAUCAUAUCCCCUCAUACUCCCCAUAAAUUUGUGCGAAAUUGAAACACGUGCAACUUGAUUGUAUUGUUAGGAAAGAUUUAAAUGUAUAUGCUGUCUAUUUCUGUUAUACAAAAUAUGAAAACUAGAGACCAACGGACAGCCAGGGUUGCAAAUGAAAAUGCAACGGACUGGUAAGAAGAUAUUGCAGUCCCCUAAUAUUUUCCUAGCGCCAAUAGACCUUUUGAAGAUUGUAAAUUGAAGAGGAAAUAGUAUCGUAGGAUGCAGUUUUCUAAUUAUUGUUUUUCUUGCAUUACCAAUUUAUAAUUAUUCAAUAGUAAAAUCUUGAGAUCUUCCUGAUAGCCUUAGAUAGCAGUAAAUUAUCUCGUUUCGAUUUCCACCCUGUAAAAUAUGAACUAAUAUGUUUUACCCUCAUCCCUUUGUGUCUACCCUCUAAAUGUUGAGAGAUUUAGCCUCCUAACUAUAAGCUAGUUUGUAUCGACCUUAACGAUCGUGGUCUCAUCCAAACACAGUCGUAGUGUAAAUAUUUACAUAUAUUAGUAAUUCUGCAUUCUGCCCUUCCGCAUUUUUUGUCUUUUUCGCUCAUGUCUGAAGUGAAACUUUGGCGAAAGAGACAAAAUGCGGUCUAAUAGAUCCGAGGCUCCACGUUUGAUAAGGUCGUAUGUGUCUACUAUUAUUGUGUAUUGCUUGAUUGUGAUUUUGUUAACGUGUACGUCAGUUUGGCGGGUGUAAUGUGUGUGAUCGGGAGUUGCUUACUGUUAUUUUGUUUUGAAAUAAAACUGUAUGCAAAAUGAAAGGGCCUUAAAGUUGGUUAUUGUCGGUGUAUCUAUGUCGAUUAACUUGACAUAUUUUUUAGAAUAUUAUUACACAAUGGUAUGUAUAUGUGGGAUUAUAGGGCUAAAAGUAGUGGAUUUUAACUUUGACACCAAAAUCUACUAUUAAAAAAAAAAACUUAUCACAUUGACAACCGAUCACUGACAUUGACAUUCAUAUUCUUUUAAAACAAACCUAGUGUGCCAGUGUGGACUGAAUAAGAUAUAAAGACCGAUCCUCCCACAUGUAUAAUAUUGAUUCUAGUAUCAAAACAUUUGCGAGAUUGAAGUGGCUACAGUCUUUAUCAGUUACCUAAGAACAUUCCCCGUGAAACUCUUAACGUUCGGACCUAAGCUUCGUAUCACUUAAGGACCAGUUAACAAUAAUCAUUUGCAUUCGCGUCAUUACAAAUGAUCCACAGAUUACACUCGUCAUUCCGGCUAAACAUAACUGCUCUGUCGUCCUUAAUAUUGAAAAUUUUCAAAUAUUAAAGGUAAAAAAAGCAAAAUUUUGCUUUAUAUUCGUAUAACUCGUGUUCAAUAUCGAAGCAAAUGCCAUACUCCGCGCAUAUGACUUUAAUUCAUAUAAAAGAAAAUAACAGAGCCAAUAUAACGACACUGUUAAUAAUCUGGAUGCCUUUGGGUUUCAAGCUCAGAUAGUUGAAUCGGAGUAAAGAGUACAUCCAUUGUAAAUUAUUUAACCUUCAAUAUUUGGAUAAUUUCAAUUAUUUAGUACUUAAGUUGACAUUGUUGACGCUACACUACAUACAUAAUAAAACUGUCGCAAAACAGUUUGUUUAUGAUAAUUUUUUAAUCUUUAAUAAUCAAUGUUUAUCUUAUUGUUGGGAAUAAAAUUCGUAUAAUCGAUUUGUUUUCAUUCUUUAUUAAAACUCUAUGCAUCUUGUUUAAAUUCGAGUUUAAUUUGUUCGGUAUGAAAUUUGUCUUAAUUAUACUUGCAAGUCUGGAGCAAGACCACAUUUAGCCUUUUUUCUGAAACACUCAACCUAAA